UCUCUCUCCUUCCUUCAACCUGUGGUUUAAACCGAACACAGAGCUUGUUUCAUGCGAAAGCUGAUAAGGGAUAGUUAGAGAGAGAGAGAAACUAAUCUCAAGAUCACGAGCUUUCUUUCUUCUUUCUUCCUUAUCGUCUUUGAACUGAAUCAAGAAAAAAGACAGCGAUCAAAGGAACAAAAGGAUCUCAAGAAACCCACUUGUUGUUGGUUCAAGAUUUCACGGGUCUCAAAAUCUCUGUAAAGUUAGUUUCAAAAAAAAAAAAAAUCUCUGUAAAGUCUCUUUCCCACACCCAUAACUUCAUCAUCAUAAUCGUCACCCACUACUCUUUCUCAAUUUCAACGGCUCAAAUUCCUCCACGUUACAGUCUCUCGUUUCCUCAGAUGUACAGCUAGUAGAUAUCUCUCAGAAUACUGAUCUGAUCUCCACAUAAGACAAACUGAAGUUGCAGAGAGACAAGAAUGGAUCGACCAGCAGUGAGUGGACCAAUGGAUUUGCCGAUCAUGCACGAUAGCGAUAGGUACGAGCUCGUCAAAGAUAUUGGCUCCGGUAACUUCGGAGUUGCGAGGUUAAUGAGAGACAAGCAGAGUAACGAGCUUGUUGCUGUCAAAUAUAUCGAGCGAGGUGAGAAGAUAGAUGAAAAUGUGAAAAGGGAGAUAAUUAAUCAUAGGUCCUUAAGACAUCCAAAUAUCGUCAGAUUUAAAGAGGUCAUAUUAACACCAACCCAUUUGGCCAUUGUUAUGGAAUAUGCAGCUGGAGGAGAACUCUUUGAGCGUAUCUGCAAUGCAGGACGGUUCAGCGAAGACGAGGCAAGGUUUUUCUUCCAGCAACUCAUUUCAGGAGUUAGUUACUGUCAUGCUAUGCAAGUAUGUCACCGAGAUUUGAAGCUGGAGAAUACGUUACUAGAUGGUAGCCCUGCACCUCGUUUAAAGAUAUGUGAUUUUGGUUAUUCCAAGUCCUCAGUGUUACAUUCACAGCCAAAAUCAACUGUUGGAACCCCUGCUUAUAUCGCUCCAGAGGUUUUGCUAAAGAAAGAAUAUGAUGGCAAGCUUGCAGAUGUUUGGUCUUGUGGGGUAACUCUGUAUGUGAUGCUUGUUGGUGCAUACCCUUUUGAAGAUCCUGAUGAGCCUAAGAAUUUCAAGAAAACAAUACAUAGAAUCUUGAAUGUUCAGUACGCAAUUCCAGAUUAUGUUCACAUAUCUCCUGAAUGUCAACAUCUGAUCUCCAGAAUAUUCGUUGCUGAUUCUGCAAAGAGGAUUUCAAUUCCUGAGAUAAGGAACCAUGAAUGGUUUCUCAAGAAUCUACCAGCAGAUAUCAUGAACGAUAACGUGAUGAAUAGCCAGUUUGAUGAAUCGGACCAACCAGGUCAAAGCAUUGAAGAGAUCAUGCAGAUUGUUGCAGAAGCGACUGUUCCUCCCGCAGGCACUCAGAGUCUGAACCAGUAUCUCACAGGAAGCUUGGAUUUAGAAGAUGAUAUGGAUGAAGAUCUAGAGAGCGACUUGGAUGAUCUUGACAUCGACAGUAGCGGAGAGAUCGUGUACGCAAUGUGAUGUGGUAUCUCUAUGGUUUCUGGUGCAAAAAAAAAAAAAAAAAAUGAAGAAGAAUAAGAGGUGUGUUGUUUGGUAUCGAAACUUCCCCAACUUUGUCAAUGGGCAUAGUUCGAAACCGUUGUUGAUAUGCAAAAA